GCUUGCAGAGCAGCCAGACCGCAGUUGGUGCUGCGCCUGGGCGCUCAAGCGAGGCGGUGGAGGCGAGGACUCACUUGGUGAGUUGGCCACGGAGGUAGCGGGCGACCCCAUCCCCGGCCCCGGUCACCAGCGGCUGGAGAUGACGGAGACGCUGCUGCCCACCGGCUGUCCGGCCGCGGACCAGAGAGGCUCCUGCUAUUUUCGCAAGGGAUGCAACCCCCUUGCAGAAACUGGGCGGAGCAAAUUGCAAAAUCGGAGAGCUGUCCUGAACCAGCAGAUUCUGAAAGCAGCGAGGAUGAGAGCUGGUGCAGAAAACCUCCUCCGUGCAACGACCAGCCCCAAAAUCCGAGAACAGGUGUUGCUGGAACUCAGCUAUGUCAAUUCCAACCUCCAGAUCCUCAAGGAAGAGUUAGAAGGGCUCAAUAUUUCUGUGGAGGUGUACCAGAACACAGAGGAAACCUUUAGCAUUCCUCUGAUACCGCUUGGCCUGAAAGAGACUAAAGAUGUUGACUUCGCAGCACCCCUUAAGGACUUUAUUCUGGAACAUUACAAUGAAGAUGGUGCAGAAUAUGAAAAUGAAAUUGCAGAUCUUAUGGAUUUAAGACAGGCCUGCCGGACACCUAGCAGAGAUGAAUCUGGAGUUGAGAUGCUGAUGAGCUAUUACGUACAGCUUGGCUUUGUAGAGAAUCGGUUCUUCUCACCCAGUAGAAAUCUGGGCAUUUUGUAUACUUGGUAUGACUCUUUCACGGGCGUCCCCGUUUGCCAGAAGAAUUUGUUGCUGGAAAAAGCCAGCAUUUUAUUUAACAUCGGAGCCCUCUACACGCAGAUCGGUACAAAAUGCGAUCGGCAAACGGGCUCCGGGCUCCAAAAGGCCAUCAGUGCUUUUCAGAAGGCGGCAGGAGUUCUAAACUAUCUAAAAGAAACUUUCACUCACACUCCAAGUUACGACAUGAGCCCUGCCAUGUUGAGUGUGCUGAUCAAGAUGAUGCUCGCUCAAGUUCAGGAGUGCAUCUUUGAACAGAUCUGCCUUCCUGGCAUACGGAAUGAAUUUUUCACGCUUAUAAAAAUGGCCCAGGAAGUUGCGAAGGUCGGAGAGAUGUACAUGCUUGUGGACACCGCGAUGAAUCAAGCACCAGUCAAGGAGAACAUCCCUUACUCUUGGUCAAAACUGGCCCAAGUCAAAUCGGAUCAUUUUAGAGCUUUGGCGCAUUAUUUUGUUGCCACGAUGCUAUGCGACCACCAAUUACAUCAGGCCGAUGAUGAAGAUCAACAGGAAAAGGCUUUUUGCCAGCUGUACGACCACAUGCCUGAGGGGAUGACACCCUUAGCUGUCUUAAGAGAUAGAAGCCAGCGUAAACAACUAGGAAGACUUCAUUUGCAUAAAGCUCUCCUGUAUCACAAAGAAGCCUUAAGGGUUUGUAGCUUAUGCACAAAGCUCCGGAAUAUAGAGAUCCUUCAAGAGAUUUUGUCCGUCGCACACAAGCGGUCCCUUCUCAAAUAUACCCAUCAGGAGCAAAUAGACGACUUCUUUAGUUUGGUGUCGGCACCCAAUAUCCUUUCCCACACAAAUCACAAAAUAGAACUGAUUCCUCCUCUGUUCUCUAACGUGAGAGACCUCUUCGAAAGAUUGGGCCCACCUGCGGUCUUUUCAGCCAAGCAGAGGUGGUCACCCCCUCGCUUCAUUCGCUUCUACUGUGAAGAUGGCCAGUUGGGGUUCACUCUCAAAGGUGGCCCGCCGGUACAGGUUGACUGCAUCGACCCAGCUUCUCCUGCAGCAUUGGCAGGUUUGAAAGAAGGAGACACUGUGAUUGCUGUUGAAGACACGGAUUGCAAAUGGUUGGGGAUGAGUGACGUCUUGGAAAAACUCCAGAAUUUGAGCGAACAGGAGAUUGAGAUCCAAGUGAUCAGCUGUCAAGAUAAUGCACCUUCCUUGCAUAACAAAUGUGCCACUUACUCAGCGGGGAUGCAGAAAACAUACUCCCUUAUAUGUCUGGCGAUGGAAGAUGAGAGGACCGACAAAGCCAAGAAGGUGACGCCUAAAUUGUCCUUCUUGAGUUGGGGAACCAAAAAUAGGCAGAAAGCUGCCAGCACCCUCUGCCUUCCUUCGGCUGUAAGUGGGACCUCUGCCAUGAAGAAGAAACUGACAACCCCAUUCACACUUUUCAACACCGAUAGUUCAUUGUACUAGGGCCUGGUGACCAAGGGCGGUCUCGCCCACAAAGGGUCUCGGAAUGGAUGUUGUGAGUUCACAAUGUAGCCUUUAGGAACCCAGGGCUGAGUAGCCCCGACUUGAAGUCAACAACUACCCGUUCAAAUCUGGCUUCAACUGUUCACUUUGCAAGGACCAGAAAGUUUUGGAAGAACGUGUCAUAUGUCUGUAUGUUUGUGGAGUGCUUUCAAACUUCUGCCCGGAUUCUGGCUUCGUUAUGAUCUAUCUUGAGAAAGAACAGAAUGGUUUCUGCAAAGACUGAGGAUUUUUUAUUUUUAUUUUUGUUUUUUUUUAAAUGUGAACAUGUAGCACAAUAAUGCCACAUGGUUGACCAUCUCACCUACGUUGAGGGGAGAAGUAAAUAGAACUGUUGGCCAUAAUGGUGCAGGAUCAAGGAGAUUUACUUGCUAAUUAAUUUAAAACUCGAAUGAGAAACAAAUUAUAGGCCAGUUAGUAACAUUCUGUGAGUUGACAGCCUACACAGCUGGACAGAACCAAAUUCUUAAAUUUUUGAAUGGCCAGGUGAUGGAAAGGAAACAGGGUGUAAAUGAAUAAAUCUAACAGGGUGUGGUAGUGGCAAGGCUACAUGUCAAGGUUUUCAAAUCCUAUUUUCUAUUCUGCGUUGAGGUGGUUUAAACCAGGGGGUUUCCAAACACGGCAAUUUUAAGACUUGUGGACUAGAGUUCCCAGAAUUCUGACAACUGAAGUCCACAGGUCUUAAAGUUGCCACGUGUGGAGACCCCUGGUUUAAAUAAACGGAACAUUUUUUAAAAGAUAAAUAACAUCACUUGGGGCUCAGGAUAGGGAACAAGGUGGAUGGCAGCCACUGAGAGAAAAGAAUGCUGACAUUCGUUCUAUAACCCAGAUUGAAGAUUUGCACAAAAGAUUUUCAAACAACAGCAUUUUGGCCUAUCGUUGAAGCCUUCCAUAGAAAUGGUGCGGUGGCCUAGAGGUGGAGAUCUCACCUCACAAUCAGGAGGCUGUGAGUUCAAUUCUAGGUAGAGGCAGAUAUUUUUCUCUCUGGGCACAAUGAGAAUAUAUCUGGUAAACAAAACUCCGCAUUGGUGACAGGAAGGGCAUCUGGCCAGUAAACGCUCAGCUCCAUUCAGUUGCCCAAGACUACACCCCGCAAGGGAUUAUGGGGUCAUUAAAAGAUGAUGAUUGAUUAAAGCCUUCCACAGAUGCAAUGCAGGGUUAUCUAGGGGAACCAGAUUUUGCAUUUUCUGGCAUUCAACAUCCAUUGUCAUGGCACCCGAUGUGUGGUGGAAAUAAAUCUCCCAAGGACAACCUUGAAACCAACCGUGGCAACUUUUAAGUAACACAGAAUGGAUCCAUUGAAAAACAGCUUCUUGUUUUGCAAGGUCUGAUGUAACUGGGUAUCGUUUUCUGCACCUGCCAAGCAUUAUAGCAAAGAUGGAGGUUUCCUAAUACAGAACGUGUAGAGAAAUAUGCUAAUGUAAACAAGAGGGUAGAAGAGAUCAGCCAGUUUGGUUGCACUUAGCACCUGCCAGGUUUCACUUCAGAUCAGUAUUUCUUAAUAUCAGCAACUUGAAGAUAUGUAGACUUCAACUCUCAGAAUUCCCCUGCCAGCAUGCAGAUACAUAGCUCAGUAAUGCUAUUUUGAGAAGGAUAUCAACGGUUUGUUUUUUUUGAGUGCCACUUGAAAGAUGCAUUCCAAAGGGUUGAUAAAGUAAUUUAACUAUGCCUUGAGUGAAAUUUAGGAGUUCAGUGCACUAAAGAACAUGCCCAACUGGUAAAAUAGUUGUUGCUUGGAGUUUUAUUGUCACUCUCUAAAGGCUAAUAAACAAUAGUUGUCGAUUAAGCUGAAAUAUUGCUAACGGUAGAUCUUAAUGAUUGGCUAAAAAUUUAAAGAACGGAAAUCUAAAUUCCUAUUGAAAUUCAUUGAAUCCAUUACAAGAAGCUUGAGAAUUUUUUAAAGAAGAAAUUGGAAUAGAACAGUGUUUCCAACCUUGCCAACUUUAAGAUAUGUGGACUUCAACUCCCAGAAUUGUUGUCUAGGGAAUUCUGGGAGUUGAAGUCCACAUAUCUUCCGUUAUUUGAGAUUGAGAAACACUGGAAUAUAAGAAGAAAAACGGGGAAGGCUGGUAGAUCAAUGCCAUUUUAUUAUUAUUUUGGUUUUUUUAAUGUUUCUACCCAGUAGAUGUAAAUAUAUACAUUUUAAACUAUUUAAGAAUGAGUCCUGACUUAUAUGUGACGAUGAACAACUUUUCACUGCAACUAUGAAUGAGAUAAAAAAAGUUUAAUUUUUCUUAACUGUUGUUCUGAAUGAAGGUCUGUUUUUUUAAAAGAAAGAUAUAGUGGCUGCUUAUUCAUAUUGUGCAAUAUUCAAUCAAUACUGUGGAAUUAAUCCUAGUACAUAAUAAAAUGUAGGUUGGAGGAAGGUU